AUGACUCCAUGGGGGCAGCCAGGAUUAUGGCCCGAAUCAUUGACGGAAAGGCCCUUUGCCAAGGAAAUCAAAGAUGAGUUAAGAACGAAAAUACACAGCUUUGUUAAUCUGGGACACAGAGCACCUGCCCUUUGCUGCAUAAUCGUUGGUGACGAUCCGGCAAGUCACACAUAUGUGAGAAACAAAAUUCAAGCGGCAAUAGAUGUCGGCAUUAAUGCUAGAACAAUCAAAUAUGAUGCAACCUUAAGUGAAGAGGAUCUCAUAAAUGCAAUCAACUCCCUAAAUACUGACGAUAGAGUUGAUGGUAUAUUAGUUCAACUGCCUUUGCCGGGUACAAUGGACGAAAGAAAAGUGUGCAACACAGUGGCUCCUGAGAAAGACGUCGAUGGGUUUCACAUAGUUAAUGUUGGUCAGCUGUGCCUUGAUAUGCCAACACUGGUGCCGGCAACAGCAUUGGCUGUUAUAGAAAUUUUGAAGCGACACAAAGUGGAGACCUUCGGCCGGAACGCCGUCGUGGUAGGCCGCUCCAAGAACGUGGGCAUGCCGAUCGCGAUGAUGCUCCACAGCGACGGUCACCACGACAGCGGCCUGGGUAUGGACGCGACGGUGACCGUCUGCCACCGUUACACGCCCCCAGAGCAGCUGGAGGUGUUCUGCCGCAGCGCCGACAUCAUUGUCACCGCGACGGGGGUACCUAAGUUGAUAAAAGCCAACAUGGUGAAGCCCGGCGCAACGGUGAUAGACGUCGGCAUUACGAGGGUCACCGACGAGCAAGGGAAGACUAGGCUGGUGGGAGACGUCGACUAUGACGAGGUGAGUAAAAUAGCGGGGGCUAUUACGCCGGUGCCGGGUGGUGUGGGACCGAUGACGGUAGCAAUGCUGAUGCAGAACACCCUGCAAGCCGCUCAGAGGCUGCGCGAGAGGGAAUCGAACUCUCAG